CACCGUAAAAUAUUUAAUAAAAAAGACAACUUUUAAUUAUUCUAAAAUCUUGUUCCAUUGUAUAUACUUUUUAUAAAUUUUCAUAGUUAUAAUUACAAAAAUAAUAUAGAAUAUAAAAGCGAACAUACAACACAAAUAGUGUCAUCAUCUGAUUAUUUUAAGAAAUAUAAUUUAGUGUGAAUAAUAAACAAAUAAUAUAAUCCAAGGAGGAGAGCAAUGGGUUUAGGGUUGUUCAUUCGUGACUCGCUUCACCAUAUUUUGGGGAAUGUUUUGGGUCUCUUUUUUUACAGGGAAAAGGGAGUGUUAAAUUAUAACUUUUUUAUAAUGUUAAGGAUGUUAAGUAUUAUUAGAUGAAAAGAGAUUAAAUAAAACAUAUAUUUUUGAUUUUUUACAAAGCCGACGAGUUUGGUGAAACGUCAAAGGAUAUGGUGUUGAUACGAGAAGAACCUUGUAUUAUUACAGUACACGUAAACAAAGUUGCACAUCCUUAAGAUAGGGGCCAUCCUUAUCUGUUAUUAGAAGUAAUAUGUGAUAACGCCCUUCGCACGCCAUCAAAACGAAGAUGGACAUCUCGUGAGAUAUUUCGUUUCUCUAUCUUUCGUUGUAUUUAAGCAAACCACAAAGUCGAGCCUUACGUACGCAAAUCUAUUUUAAAAAUUAAAAUGUAGCAUGGUAUUCAAAUAAAUAAAAACCAGACGCAGAUUUACAAGUAUUCGUCACUCGCUGCUUCACUGGGGAGAAAAGAUGAAGCUCGGAUUGUUCGAAAUAGCAGUUGCUGCAUUUCAAAUACUUUUUGUCCGGGGUGGUUAUUAUACUCAGGAUGAUGAAUUACCUGAUGGAGGUGUAACAAAGUAUUUGAAAAGAGAAACUAAAGUAAGCUGUUUGUUAAAAUGUGACAGAGAUAAGAAUUGUGACAACAUCAUGUUCAAGUUGGAAAAUAAAGAGGUAAGAAAUGGAGAGUGUUGGUUUGUGAAAAACAAUGCAACUGAUACAGCUGAAGACAUACAGAAAUUGAAAAAAGACAUAGCAAUUGAAGGCUAUAAGAAGACGCUACCCACAAAAGCUUCUUGUAAAUUUGGAUAUCGUGUCAUCACAAAUACUUCCAAAGAAAUGUGCAAAUGCAAAGGUGAAUGGAUUUUAUUGAAAAACUAUGUCUGCUUUGGCGCACGUGCAAACGAGUUUGGAACAUUUAAAAUACAACACGAUGCGGUUAUAAUUGCUAUAAAGUUGGUACAUGUCAGUGGAAAAGGUGUAAAAUGCUCAGAAGAGACACGUUUUACAAAAUGGGGUUGUGAUAUCUAUUAUCCCUUCAACGUAGAGAAUGUCGCAGUUGUCGUUACAGAUGAUCAAGAUAACGUACUUUAUCCAUCUAUGAAGUACCAUGUCAAUCACGGAUUCUUUAAUGUAUCAGGAUACAACGCCAAUUCUCCCUACCUCAUCUACAACGCAACAAGUCACACUGUUCACAAAGGACAAGAGAUGAGAUUGCAUUAUGGUGAAGCUCUGUUAAGUUCCUACAGCUCUAACAACAGUGGUGAAUCAUGUGCAGAUAUUUAUGCGAAAUUGUGUGACGAAUAAUGAUUUGUGAAUGCAAUUCUCUUAAGCCUGAACUAUGAAAUAAGGUUCCUGUGUGGUAGAACACUAUUGGCGAGAUGCGGUGAGUUUUCUUCUUAAACUUUUAAUGAAGGAGAACUGUUAUUGAUUUUAAUGACUUUUCAUGAUAAACCUUUUAUGUUAACUUUCUAUGUGGACGUAUCAACACAAAUUUAAAAGAAGUUA